AGCCAGGCGAGAUCAUCAUGAUUGAUUGACCUGUCACGUAGGGUGCCGAGUGCUGAGAGAUUCCCGCAGAAGGCUGAGUCCUUGGGCUUGAAGACUCAUUGGCAUAACCGAGAUUGACUCUUGGACCUUCAAGAGAGGAGACUUUCUGACGACCUCGCUCCAUUCCACCCGACCCUAUGACUGGAGGGUUCACCGUAGCUCCGUCCUUUGCUCUCCAGAUCCACAAGAUGGGUUCGUUCAGAAGGCCCCGACCUCGCUUCAUGAGCUCCCCGGUCCUCAGUGACCUGCCGCGGUUCCAGGCAGCGCGGCAGGCUCUGCAGCUCAGCUCCAACUCUGCCUGGAACAGUGUUCAAACAGCGGUGAUAAACGUGUUCAAAGGGGGAGGCUUGCAGAGCAAUGAACUUUACACCCUCAAUGAAAAUAUCAGACGGCUGCUGAAGAGUGAACUUGGAUCCUUCAUCACAGAUUACUUUCAGAACCAGCUCCUUGCGAAAGGCUUGCUGUUUAUAGAGGAGAAGGUUAAGCUGUGUGAAGGUGAGGAUCGCAUUGAUGUCCUGUCUGAAAUCUGGGAUCACUACUUCACAGAGACUCUUCCUACACUCCAGGCAAUAUUCUACCCAGUCCAGGGUCAGGAGUUGACUAUCCGUCAGAUUGCUCUUCUUGGCUUCAGAGACUUGGUCUUGCUAAAAGUAAAGUUGGAAGAAAUUCUUCCUCUGGUCCGGACAAAGCUCCCAGCUUCCAUUGUCCAGAUGCUGUUAAUCCUGCAGAGUGUCCAUGAGCCUACUGGCCCCAGUGAGGGCUACCUACAGCUGGAAGAACUGGUCAAGCAGGUGGUAUCACCGUACUUGGGAUUGUGUGAGGAUCACAGCUUCUCCAGUAGCACCUGCUUGCUUGAGAGGCGGUACUCCCGAUCCCGUCCUAAGCCUGGCGUGCUGAAUUACCCGUCUCACGUGCCGACGAGCCGGCAGCCCAGCAAGAUGGCCCUGACGCCGCUGACGGAGCAGGAGGGUGAGGCCUACCUGGAGAAAUGCGGCAGCAUCCGUCGCCACACCGUCGCCAACGCUCACUCGGAUAUUCAGCUCCUGGCCAUGGCCUCCAUGAUGCACACAGGGAUGGUGGCCGAGGAGUCGGACAGUCCCGACAAGUGCCGCCUCCUGCCCCCCAGCUUUAGCCACCGGCAGUGCUCCAGCGAGCCCAGCAUCGCCGACGGGCCCGAGGGGGUGGUGGUGGCCAGCAGGCAGGACCCCCCAGAGCUGAACUGCACCUCGGUCAGCUAGAAGCCAUCUUGCUGAGGAGAGGAGGAGAACUGUGUGCACUAAGCUGGGCAAGGUGUCGCCUCGUCCCUGCUGGGAAAAAAAGGAAAAAAAAUAUUUGAGUUUUGCUCCUGUCGUUGAAAUGGCCUUGAGGGAUCUUGUGUCUCUUUGGGAAUGCUCUCUGGGUUUGUUUUUCUCCCCUGCCUGGGAUCAGUGUUGAUGGAGGUACCGGGCUGCUCCCAGAUGAGCACUGAGGGCUGCAAAGGUUUCGCUGCUGAGCAGCGUGGUCACCUUAUGUCACCUUCCUUCCUCCACUAGUCCAAACCCUUUGGCCUCAGGUUUCCUUCUGUGUCUUUGGGAUGAUACAAAUUAGCCUCUUUCUGCUUUUCUCUGUCUUUCCCAGCUUUCUGCUGCUUGUUUGCUCUUUGUUCCUGCAGCAGAGACCCCUGUGCGAAGUGUUCCCCUUGCGUCUGGUGGCAGGGUGGUGGUGACCGAGGACUGCAUUUCCCUCUUUUAAAGGUGAAAUCAGGGAUGGAACUCUUCAUAUCCUGCAGGAAGAUCUGCUCAGGUGGCUUGCGAGGGAAGGAGAUCUUUCCCUUUGUCUCCCGUGGACAUGGAUGAAAUGUCCAAAUCCAAACAAAUCAGACUUUUUUUUCCCCCAGACCUGAAGAGAACUGUGUGUACAUGGAGUCUCAGCUGAGUGCUUCAUACGUACCUUAUUUGGUUCCAGUCACAUCUCUGGGGAUAGUGGUGUAAAUUGGGCGCAAAGGAUGGGUGGGUGUGUAAACUGGGGGCAAAAUACAGUCCUGAGCAUCCUAGCAUUUGACAAAAAUUUUUUUUUCAAAAUUUCAGUGGUGGUAGGACUACAAUGGAAGGAGAAAUCUAAAUGGAUCUCCUCUGGGAAGGAGACGCUGUCAGAGUCUGCACUUGUGAAGGCGACAUGAGGGUGCUUCUCAGCACUGGGCCCCUGGCUACAGACCAGGAGGUGAGGAACAGAAUUUCAUCCUUGGGUUGCUCUGGAACUUUUAGCACUCACAGGUUUUGUGAGACCAAAGAUAACCAUGGGGCAUAGUGAGUAGUCCUGCCUUGGUAAGUGUAUUCAUGAAGUGCUCCUGACCUCCAGUGGUACCUGCCUCAGCGCAGGCUCCUUUUAAGAGAGAGAGAGGUCCCUUUGCAGUCUUUGCUUUUGGUUUUAUUUUUUUUUGAAGCUCAGGAGCAGGUCCAGUUUGCAAGUGUCUGUGUCUGGCCCUGCAGUGUCUGCUCUGCAGCAUCACUUGGUACUCACACGCUGCUCUGUGGGAGCAGAACCCCUCUGUUCGAGCCGUCCCCUGGGACCCUCUGCCCUUGGCUGGCUGAGCAGAUUUGCAAGGGCCAUUACAGGCUUAGAGGUGAACUGAAAUGCUGCCUUAAAUGUGAAAUCCCAUUAAAAAUACAGUUAUAACACCACUGCCACUCGAAUCUAGUCCCAACAAUCUCGGGCACUAGAGCAUGCCCUGAAGAGCCACCUCUACACGUGUCUUAAAUCCCCCCAGGGAUGGUGACUCCACCACCUCCCUGGGCAGGCCGUUCCAGGGCCUGACCACCC